CCUCGUAUUUGUAAAGAUAUCUAUGACACCAGCAGAGAGUUUUCCUCGUUGGUACAAAAGUACGAUUAGAUUGAACUGGUCUUAUUUAAUUGUCAACUUAGGGCCACGCGUCAACUCAUAAACACAUUCCGCGUUGAGGGCGUCGUUUUUUCCGUCGUCACUAAUGCAGUUUCCUUGAAGCCACGGUUGGCGUAACCUAGCGUACUGAAUACGAGGGACGGCGUAUUGAAGAUUUUGAUCAACUAAAGCUGACAUUAUAAAUUCUAGGACCUUGGAGAACAAUGAGUUCUGAAGAUUCUGUGAACGCUAGUAUUUUGAAAUUUGGUCGCCAUGAAUUUCUCAACGAAGAAACUGAGAUGGCGAUACCAAUUCUCAUAAUUCUUGGACUAGCAACGUUGAUGGGAACGUUUGGCAACGUUCUGAUUCUUGUAGCGGUGGCAACAAGAAAGUCCCUGCACAACGUGGAAUCCAUCUUCAUCGUCAACUUGGCCUGCUCAGAUAUGUACGUCACGACCUUGGCAGACCCCAUGAGUAUCGUAGCCAAACUGGAGGGUUCCGAUUUCUUCGACCGUAUCCCAGGACUGUGUCGUGCCAUAGGCUCGUUGUGCACGAUGUCGUGUGUGGCGUCUCUCAUGACCAUCGCCGCCAUGAGCUGCAACAGAUACGUCUUCAUCGUCCACAGCAAAUACUACAGAACCAUCUUCAAGGCUCGCAACUGCGUCAUCUUCUGCAUGAGCUUCUACUGCGUGGGUCUCUGUCUCGUCUUGCUCAACUUCGCCGACAUUGGCGACCACAACUUCGACCACAAGAGCCUCGAGUGCAUCUGGGCGCGGAUGGCGACGUAUCCCUACACCGUGGUAUUCUCCAUCGUGCUGGUGUGGAUACCAAUCACCGUCACCGGAAUCUGCUAUCUGCGCAUGUACCUGCACGUGCGUGCCGUGAGAAAGCGCGUGAAGCAAAAACGUGCCGACAGGUCGAAAACCAACACGAACAAACCUCCCAGUUUUCGACUGGCCAGAACACUAUUCAUCAUCUAUGUCGUGUUCAGCGUGUGCUGGAUCCCCUACGCGCUCAUCAUUGUCCUCGACGCAAGUGACACGUUUCAUUUCGGGGCGCACGUGUAUAUCGUGGUUUUUGCGCAUCUGCACCCGUCAAUCAACUGGCUUGUCUAUUACGCCACUCACCGGAAGUUCCAUAACGCUUUCCUUGAAAUCCUGCACCUCAACAAGUGUUUGAAGAGAAAACCUGAUGCGGCGUCAUCAUCACAAACGCCUUUUGACAGUUCGAAACAAACUAGUACCACUGAUGAUAUUUGAAAAACAACAACAACCAAAACCCUUUAUUGGACUUUCCACGACGAUACCUUUUCUUAUUUGUAUUGCUGUGAUGAUUAACAAAUAACAUUUUGAAUAGAAACAUUGGUCCCGCGAAGAUCCGGGGUAGAAUAGAUCUUCAGCAACCCAUGCUUAAAAGGCGACUAUGCUUGUCGUAAGAGGCGACUAACGGGAUCGGGUGGUC